AAAUACUAGAUAUUAAUCAUCUUCUUGUUUCAGUAUUUGCAGAAACUGGGCAUGCCUUCAAAAUGGCAGAUGGUUGAUGUACUUGGGUUGGAUCCAGAGUUGCUACCCUCUGUGCCACGCCCUGCUCUUGCCAUUAUUCUACUGUUUCCUACAUCACCAAAGUAUGAAGAACAUAAGACUCAGCAGGAGGAAGAAGUUAAGGAGAAGGGACAAACUGUUUCGGAAAAUGUAUUUUAUUUGAAACAAGUUGUUGAAAAUGCAUGUGGUACAAUUGCUCUCAUCCACAGUGUUGCAAACAACACUGAUAAGAUCCAGUUGGGUGAUGGCCAUCUGAAACAAUUCUUGGAAGAUGCUCAAGCCCUUAAUCCUGAUGAACGUGGUGAACUCUUGCAGAAGGCAGAUGGAAUAAUUAACACACACAAGCAGCUUGCUUUAGAAGGCCAGACUGAGGCCCCAGACUCCAGUACACCUGUGAAUUACCACUUUGUGGCAUUUAUCCACAAGGAUGGGAGUCUCUAUGAAUUAGAUGGAAGGAAGUCAUUUCCAAUAAACCAUGGACCAACAACUGAGGACUCAUUCUUGGAGGAUGCUGCUAAAGUGUGCCAGCAAUACAUGGCAAGAGAUCCUGAUGAGCUCCAUUUCACAGUAGUGGCACUUGCUGCUGCAGAAUGAGUGUUUUGCAGGCUUCUCUAACACUUGCACUAAUAGUGCAGUGAUGUGAUCAUUUUUGUCUUCAGUGUUCUAUUUUUAUUUUUGUGCAAGUAUCUGUCUCAAUAUUUGUCUUUCGAAGUUAAUUUUAUUUGCUGCUGUGUUUAGGGCAGUUCCAAAUAAACGGAAAGUGUAUAGGUUUUCAACUUUGUUGACUAGCUUAAAAAUGCUUCAUGCUAGUUGUGCUCAGAUUAUUAUAAAAUGUUACACCAAAGAUUUUGAAACAAUAAAUGUGAUGUGAAACAUAAUGAUCUACAGCCAACAAUAACUACUUAAUUGCUACUUUAUUAAAAUUAUAGUAUUUCAUAACAUAUCAUAUAUAUAUAUUCUCUGGAACUUGUUGGCUUGACUGAUUUUUCGUAGUUAACUAGUUUAGCUUUGUUUGGACAUGAAAAAUAUUUUGAUUACAAUAAGUAUUUUAAUGAUACUCUUAUACUAUAUUGCAUUGUAUGCAGAGCAGUGAAAAAAUUGUGCCUAAAGCAUUAAUUGAAAUUAGUAUUUUCCCCUUUUCAGUCAGUUGUUAAUGGACCAAUAGUCUGCUGAUCCAAUAAAUAUUUUCGAAAGAUU